UCUUCUCUUUCCCCUCAUCUCUUUCCCUCUCUUUCCUUCAAAUCCUAAGAAUGAAACCUCAAAACCAGAAAAUUAAUUCAGCCAAUUUGCUUGAUAAAAUUAGAACUCAAGACCAAAAAAUGAAAUCGGGCCAUGGUUACUCGAAGACCGAAGUGGAAUGUGGAGGCAGAAGCUGCUUAAGCUUCAGCCGGAUAAAAAGUGCGGAUCCUGAGAUAAACAUCAAUGUGAAAGAUGAAAGGGAAGUUCGUGAGAUAUACUAUGAGGGAAAGACAAGGUUGGUUGGUGCUACAAAACCAGCUGUGGAUGCACGUGUUGAUGAUCGUGUUAAGAUUGUACCUACUGAGGAUGUUGUUCCCGCCCAGAAUGUGCCAACCUAUGGCGUACCUGCAUAUGAUUAGUGCUUAUCAGAAGACAAUCCAAAUGCAUGUUGCAUCCUCUAAAUCUCUAAUCAUGUGGAGCAGGAAUUGGGAAGCUUAGUUACUUGUUUUUGUUGUAAAACUGAAUCUUGUCCUUAGGUCUGCAUUUGUCGUUGGAAGAUUUAAGCAUUUUUCGUAUAUUGUUUUGGAUUAU